AUAGUUGUUGACACACGAGUGCUGCGAGGCUCCAUACGUAUAUUCAUGCUAUAUCUAUAAUAGUGCCUACAAUUCUGUAUGUUCGCUGUGUAUUGGUGGACUGUAACUAGGCUGAAAUGUGUGACAACUGGCUAGUCAACGUUUACAUCUUACUGUAGAGGUGACGUAAGCAGUGUUUUAUUUAUUUUUAUUUAUUUUACGGAUAUAUUGAAAAUAUCGUGAAAAAAUGGCGUCAGAUAUUCUCGAACACUCUUCAAAUCCCGGCUCAGAUUCGGAAAGUUCCGAAGUGGAAGAUACCAGCCUUGAUCUUGCCUUCGCCAUGGACUGCACUGGUAGUAUGGGGUCGUACAUAAAUGAGGCCCGGGAAAAUAUACGGAAGAUUGUCGAGGGCAUUACGCUACAUGGCGAAGACAUUGAUGUACGCCUGGCGCUGGUGGAGUACAGAGAUCAUCCGCCAGAGGACAGCACUUUCGUCACACGGACACAUGACUUCACAAGUGACGUCAUUAUCAUGAAAUCGUGGCUAAAUGAGUGUAGCGCUGAUGGGGGCGGGGACACCCCAGAAGCCGUUGCCGACGCCUUAAACCAGGUGUUCAAACUUAGCUGGCGUCCGGACUCUGUCAAAAUAUGUGUGUUAAUCUCCGAUGCCCCACCCCACGGGCUCAGCGGACGUGGUGGGGACGGGUUCCCGAAUGGUUGUCCAAACGGCAUCGACCCGCUGAAGACAGCACGUGACCUGUCCGAGAUUGGCGUCAUGAUUUAUGUAGUGGGGUGUCAACCUUGCAUUUUACCAUACGUCAAGUUUUUCAAGGCGUUGUCUUUCAUCACUGGAGGACAGUACGUACCACUGACAGACGCAGAGGUUCUGACACAUGUCAUUAUUGGAAGCGCGCGGGAAGAGAUUUCAUUGGAUCAGUUCACGCCUGACGUCGAUGCCGUCGUGAAGGCAGAGCUGGAACAGAAGGGAUUGAGUAUCGACGAAGAUGCACUAGUCAAAGAUAUUUAUGACAUUCUAAGGUGGAAAGGGGCUAAAGUGUGGCAAUUGCAGAACAAUAAUAGCUGUUUAGUAACAGUCGAUCCGACAGUAAAAGAGAUUGCCAAUUGCGGUGAUAUGAGUGACGUCAGACAACGAACAGGGCAAAGUUGGGGCAGGGGAAGGGGAAGAGGGCGUGGCAGAGGGCGUGGUAGAGGGCGUGGUAGAGGCAGGGGUGGUAGUCGUGUCGCAGGUCUCACCUUGAGUGAACAUGACAACGAAGGAGAUCAAAACAGCGAGACGAACGAGGCUUUCGCCGCUACCGAGACAGAGAUUAACAUAGCACAGGUGGAACGAAUGGUUCAAAAGUCUGUUGCGCAAACUAAAGCAAUUCUAGGACUAAACAAAUAAAAAGUGUUGGGAUGAUCGACAUUUAAACAGCAAACGACAUUUUCUCGUGAAAACAUUAGCCUAUUUUUCAUUCCCUUUUUGAUGACGUCACAAAAAAUUGAACUUUUGAUACCAGUGUGUGGGACAUCCGAAUGACUUAUUUGCAACAACAUGCAUUAUGUUUGGCCAAGUGUUUGAGCUGAUGAUUGACAGUUCAGAGACCUCCAUACCCUCGUCAAUGUCGGUGCAACACGCAUUUUUCAAAUCUAUGUAACCUUGGUCUGUGUACAUGCCAAGAUGUGGCAUUGACUAAUAAAUAGUAUUGUAGGUGGUAUAAGACGAAUUUCGUGAUUGCAGUAUAUGCAUGUUUUCAGCCAAUAUACCUGUGUUAUAUUGGAUGUUAGGGCAGCAUAGAAGUCCCUCGCCAACGCUGACUUUCUCUCCGGUUGUACGUGGGAAAGUCUGUCAGAAACCUGCAGAUGGUCAUGUAUUUCCCCGGGCUCUACCCAGUUUCCUCCAACCAAAAUGCUGGCCGCUUUCAUGUGAAUGAAAUAUUCUUGUAUUCGAAUUAAAACAGCAAUCUAAUAAAUAAACUGGACUGUCGUAACGCAUUUGUUUUAUGAGUAUCU